GUUCGGCUGCUGUCAGACCGCCAUGAAGUCGAUGAUCUCCGCAUUGAGCGCCUGGUGGGAGAUGUUUGGACACACGUCGCGCUGGUGCACCCCAAGUCUGAGAAGAUGGAGACAGUGUAUGAGUGCAUCGAAGAAGCCACGACCACAACCACGACCACCACAGGCAUUCCGCCUGCAACCCCCUUCACCCAGAUUGGCAUGAACCGGGCUUGCCGUGGCGCGAACUCUUCCGACAACUCGCCAAGCUACUACUACGUCAAGGUUGCGCAAACCUUGGAGGACUGUCAGGCACGGUGCCUGGAGGAGGUCCAUUGUCAGGGCAUCGAGUUCCGCCCUGGCCGCUGCGAGGUAUGGGUGCGAGAGAUCCAGGCCACAGCCUCCGUAUCCGGCUUCCAGUGCCUCCGUUAUGUGGAGCCCAUGACCCGUGGCUUCAUCCCAGCUGAGGGCGGCGUGGACCGGGCGUGCCGUGGAGCUGGAGGCAACAAUGCCCCUUCGAACUACCGGAUUGCCUCGGCGAGCUCGCUCCGCGAAUGCCAAGACCUAUGCCUGAACCAGGAGUGCCAGGGCAUCGAGUACAGCCGGGGCCGUUGUGAGCUUUGGCAAGCUAUCGGAGCGACGGCCUCGGUGGCUGGUUUCCGAUGCCUGCACCUCCUGCGAGGUUACGAGGCUGUGGAUGGACCUGAUCGAGCCUGCCGAGGCGCGACGUCCUCGGACAAUUCUCCAGGCCACUAUCAG